CUGGAGGAUGGGGAGGAUGUGGAAUGGGAGUGGGAUGUUUUUGGGAGCCUGAAGGUGGCAGGGUCACCUUCAGGGUGCCAGAAUCUGGGGUUCUGUGUGGCUUUCGUGGGCUGAAAAGGGCACAGACUCUGCUCAGCAGGCCUUCUCUACAGGAGCUGGGGCUGGCCUGAGAUGUGAGGUGGCUUCAGGGGGUGUAGGUGGGACAAUGUUUGGUGCUUGGGACACCUGAGAGUUGACACGUAUCCAGCCUGUCUCCUGCUCUCUCCAGUCCACCGUCUUCAGGAAUUAGAAAUGGGUGGGAGAAGCAGCAGUGUCUCCGAGUACUCAGUGGUCAGUACUGGCCAUCUUCUCUCUCUCUCUUCCCGCAUCCCAUGCCAGUGCAUCCCCAUUGGUCUGCAGCUGCUGCUGGCAGAUCCAUCAUGUGGGAACUGACAGCCCUCCUGCUCCUGGUUCCAAGCAGUGGGCAAGCUGCUACUCUGGAGAAGCCCAUAUUGUCUCUACACCCACCCUGGACCACAAUCUUCAAGGGGGAAAGGGUAACCUUGCGGUGUGAUGGGUACCACCCUCUGCUCCUGGAGCUCCGACCCAUCAGCACUCUCUGGUAUUUGGGCCACCUACUCCUGCCCUCUCACAAGAAGAGCAUCGAGGUGCAGACACCAGGGGUGUAUCGAUGCCAGACACGGGGAGCACCUGUCAGUGACCCCAUCCACCUCUCUGUAUCCAAUGACUGGCUGAUCCUGCAAGUGCCCUAUGCUGCGGUGUUCGAGGGCGAGCCGCUGGUCAUGCGCUGCCGCGGUUGGUACGACAAGGUCGUCUACAAACUUCACUACUACCACGACGGCCAACCCGUGCGCUACUUCCACUCCAGCGCCAACUACACGGUGCCCCAGGCGCGCGCCAGCGAUAGCGGGCGCUACCAGUGCUCCGGCACCAUGCGCAUCCCGGUGGAGAGCGCGCCCAUGUUCUCCGCCAAGGUGGCCGUGACCGUGCAAGAGCUGUUCCAGGCGCCGGUGCUGAGGGUGAUGGGCCAGGUGGAGGCUCGCGGCGCGGCCCUCGGCGGAGUGGUCUUGCGGUGCGAGACGCUCCUGCACCCUCAGAAGCGCGACACGCCGCUGCAGUUCGCCUUCUACAAGUACAGUCGCGCCGUGCGUCGCUUCGACUGGGGCGCCGAGUACACCGUCCCCGAGCCCGAGGUCGAGGAGCUGGAAUCGCACUGGUGCGAGGUUGCUACCGCCAGCCGCAGCGUCCGGAAACGCAGCCCUUGGCUGCAGCUUCCGGGGCGGGGUUCUCCCUUGGACGUGGCGUCCACCACCGUCCCGGUCCCACAGGCUGCGGCUUUGGCGCCCGGUAACAAGCCGCUUUCCUUCAGAAAGCCCCCGCUGUCCGUAUCGGUCCCGUCGGUCACCUCCGUCCCUAACACCACCUCAGCCGGGCUGCUGUUCCCCGCGGGCGGAGCCCCCACUGCUGGGCCACCGGCCUGCGCUCCGCUGACCCCCUUGGAACAAACCACUGGAGCCCUAAAACCCGACAUGGACCUUCUGCUCCGAGAAAUGCAGCUGCUCAAAGGCCUUCUCAGCCGGGUGGUCCUGGAAUUAAAGGAGCCACAGGCCUUCCCAGAGCACAGGGACACACUCGAGACCCCCGCUUCCCACUUUGCUGUGAGUCAGGGAACCCCUGAGACCACUGCUGUGGAGAGCUGAGGGAGGGGGUGGCUAUUGACCCCUCUCCAGACGUAUCCAUCCCUGGUCUCUCCUGCUUCCCAUCACGUGGAGACCCUACAAAGCCAUCUCUGCAUCCCUCUGUCUUACUGUGGCUUAUAAAGUGUGGUGGCUGCCAUGUCAGUCUAACACAGCACAUCCUUGUAACCACAAGGCCUUCACUCUGAUGGCUUUCUUCCCCUCACAGAUUUCAGUAAGGAAGGAGAAACCUGUUAUUUACUACUUUGAGGUAUAUGUUUGGAAGUUGAAUUUAGUCAUCCUUAGCUUUUCAUAUAAAUCCACCCACCAUGUAUUUCAGCACAGGCAAUUUUUUGGUACUUAAGGUUAUUUGGUACUAAGCUCUUUGGAACAUUUAAGGGUCAAGAUGUAAUUAUUCAUCAUGACUUUAAUGUUAAAUUUUAAAAGACUUUCAGUUCUGUUUCUGAUGCGUGUGUACCCUCAAAGUCCUGGGCUAGUUUUAGAGAGGGAAAGGGACUUGUGUGGGCCUCCAUUCCAGGUUAUAAGGGUCAGCAUACUGUUAGACUCACCCAGAUGCACCUCCUGCACCAAUAUAGCUAGAUAGGCUGAUGGGCUCUGGUGGCAGCAAGCAGGCCAUGCUCACUUUAGCCUAACUAAACAAGUGGUACUAUUACCAUCAAGAAAUCUCUUUGAAGAAAGAUUAAGACAAAUUCUCAAAAUUGCUGAAUUCUAGUUUUUAGUAGGUUCUUACCUCCCGCAGAGCCAUUCCAACACUAACAUACAAUUCAAUUUUUAUAAGUCCCUCAUCUGCCUACUAAAACUAUUGGUUUUCUGCAAGUCUGGUGUGAAUUAUUCCCAGGAGGUUUAUUUCUCAUUGGGUCCUUACCCUUCAUCAGUUAACGUUUACUGCUAAGGCUUAGAACUGAUAACAACUCUACCCUCCCAUCCUUCUACUUGAUACAUAUUCAGCCACAAUGCAAUUUCCCAUUUCUUUCUGAACAAUUAACCAGAAUAACAUCAACAUACUUCAUCCUUUUCUUCUUAGUAUUAUCUUCACCGUGUUAUAACUGCAAAGUCACUGAAAUUAUAAAAAUGAGAGAGGCAGGUGGGUACACACAUAAAUUACAGUGCAAUGUGAUAAGUGCUCUAUGAAACACUGGGAAUUCAGAGGAGGAAACUGAAUCUUGAAGGAAGAGCAAGAUUUCACCAAGAAGAGAUGUGAAAAGAUUGAGGGGUAGGGCAUGCAGGCUGAGGGUGCAAAGGCAAAGAGACAUAAAAGACCGUGGUGUGUUUGUAGAGCUGCAAAUAAUUGAAAGUGGUUGGAGAAUUAUGUGUAUUUAUGCAUGUGUGUGUGGGGGGUGUGUUUUAGGGAGAAGGUGGCAGGAGAUGAACAUGGGGAAGUAGGAAGGGAUCAGAACAUGAAAGUCUUGUUAAGAGGUUCUUUAACCUGUUGGAUAUUUGGGAUGGAUAUUUGGAAGCAUUCCUUAUUGAGGGCAUCAAUAAGCCUUACUGGAGGAGAAGCUAAUUUGAAAUUACAAAAGAGCAAUCAAAUAAACUGAUCUCAGUGGACACUUGCUUAACCCUGAGGAGUUAUGUCCAGGCCCUAUGAUCCAGUACUGGGGUUCUGGUUUACAAGGGUCUUUGUGGUUCUGAUUUCCACCUUUCUAAUGCAGGCUUAGCUCACUUCUCAGAACUCUUCCCCCAGCAAGCCUUCCCUGGCUAACCCCACUCUACUCCCCUGAAGGAGGCCCCUGAAGUUUCUGCCAUCCCUGAUCUAGACAGGAAGUGACUAGCAUUAGUAUCAAGAGUCUAGGUAAUCAAAGAAUCGAGUCAUUAAAAAAAAUCAGUUGAUACGUAUAACUGAUUCACUUUGCUGCACAGCAGAAAUUAACACAACAUUGUAAAGGAACUAUACUCCAAUAAAAAUUAAUUUAAAAACUCAGCUGAUCAUUUUUUAAAAGAGCAAAAGGGUGAAAUAGCCAUUCAAAAGGGAGUUUUAUCUCUUCAGUAUCUCCUCAUUCACACCUUGUUAGCAGCUACAAUAUCUUCCUGUCCUGACACAUACCUCCAUUUAGGGUUAGGGAUAUGGGGAGUGGGGAAGAUCAAGAACUUAUGGGUUAGAAUGAUGUGUGUGUAGCGGGGGGGAAAGAGUGAGUUUUAUGCCCUCUAGUCUCCACUGUCUUUAAGCUCCCCAGCUCUCGUUGAUCUUCCCCUACAAUACCUGUUAAUGAUCUCCCGGGAAGACCUGCACUAAGGAAAUAUCAAGAGAUAUCAGACAGGCAGCUUACUGGCCAUGCUCCUCUGGGGAAAAAAAAAAGUCCUCAUCCAGCUUCUGUUUAAGGUUCCAGCAUGCAUUUAGAGAAGCUUUGGGCUAGCCCAGGCUGCCUAAGGAGAAUCUCAGGCUCAUUCCCAAGCAGCAAGGGUAGCAACAAAAUGCUGGAGAAGCCUGGGGAGGAAGCUGCUUCUCUCUGGUUCUCUGAUCACUUCUGUGUCUCAGACUCAGACCUCGACCCUAAACCUGUGGGAGUCCAUACCAGAUACCAGGCAAGGAACCCAAAUGUCCUCCACCAGAGAGCAGAAAGGGUUCUGGCAAGUUUCAUUUGGAUCUCAGCUUUACUCUCUCAUUCUGCCCUCCCUGAGUCUAAGUUUCUUAUCUGGACUUCACUCUAUAGAAAGAAGGAACUCAACUCUUUGGGUUCUACACUUAUGACUUUUUCCGUAAAAGAGUGAAUCAAAUCCUCUAGGUUAAAGUCCAAACUAUCAUGACAUAUAGAGCAGUCACACUGACCACUUGCUCUUUCCCCA